CUCCUCUUUGCCCCAACCUUUUUCCUCCUCCUCCUGCUCCUCCCCCUCGCCCUCCCUCCUCGUCGUUCCUCCCCACGACGACGACGACGACGACGUCGCCAGGCCGCAUGUGCCCUCGCGGCGAUCGGCGCGCUCGCCGGCCCCGCCGGGGUGGCCGCCACUGCGGUCGACGGCGCUGCAGAGGCGCCCAGCGUGUGGGGCGGCUUCCGCCUGGUCGGCAGCGGCGCCUGCCGCACGGCGGCUGGCGGCGAGGGGGACUUCUCGCUGCACUGGGGCCCGUUGUCCGCCGCAGACUGCGAGCGCAGGCGCGCCCUGCGCGGGAGGGCGCGAACACGGAGGGCCGCCGCCGCGUGCCGGCUCUCUGGGCGCCUCCGGGCCGCGGGCGGCCCCUGCGGCUGGAGGCGCGCCAUGGGCGUCUUCAUGAGGGAGCCGAUGAUCGUCACUGCCUGCGCCAAGGAGGAGCUCACAUCGUACCUCGGCGGCGUGAUCGCGGGCCUGCUCAUGCUGCUCCUGUCUGGCAUCUUCGUCGGGGUCCGGUGGUGCACCGGCAGGGGCGAGCUGGAGGCCGUCACGUCGAACCUGGGAUCCUUCGCUUGGUGCAAGCAUUGCGGCGAAUGGAAGCCCAAGGAUAUCGCCCACAAUGCGAAGAACUCUCUCGUGCCAGAAUCCAGCUGGGCCAGAGGCCCCCCUCCAGUUGCUCAGCCAGUCGAUGUCUCGCAGCUCGAGCGCUCUGAGUUGGUGGCCAUGCUUGCCUCGUCCAACAAGUGCGGCCAGACAGCUUUGGCUCAGGCAUGCCAGCGGGAGCUGGAUGAGCUGUACAAGGGCCCUCCCCCUGAGCCACCUUUGGAGUCUCGCCUUUCCAAGGCUCGCUGGGCUCUCACUCAUCAGGACGCCAAGCUCAAAAAGGCCAUGGACAAGUACCACAAGUGGCAACAGGAUUUGGAGCACCACUGGGCGCACGUGGAGGAGCUUAAGUCCCACCUGGAUGAACCCCAGGCGGAGUACGACAAGCUCGCCGCCUCUGUUCGCCCUACUGCGACGGCACCCGACCCCAAGCCCAUGCUGUCCCUCUCCGCUCUUUUGGAGGACAAGCUCGACGGUUUCGUCAUUGAUUUCGGAGAUGUCUUUGCCAUGGGCGGCGAGGAGGGUCUUGGGGAGGAUGAACUCCGCCAGGCUGAGGAGCGCCGCGAGGCUCUCGUCAAGGGCCUCCAGGACGGCGCGAAGAAGCUUUUCGCUGAUGCUGCUGCCAAGGGCCUCAUUGACCAGCGCCAGUAUGAUGCCAUCCUCUUGGUGGAGACGCAUGCUGGCCCAGAACACUCAGAUGACCUCUUGCGGCAUUGGAGCAAGAACGGCUACGAAGCGGUUUGUACCCCUGCUCGGCCCACGGACAGAACAGCUCUUCUUGGAGGUGCAGUGCUUGGGUUCAAGAACACAUUCAUGACUUCCUCGUUCAGGCACCUGGCCCUGAAUCAGUCCCAGCAGGUUGGCAUGCGGGACCUCUCAUCUACCAAGGGAAACAUCGACUUCUUUGACUUUGUCCCUGUGGUCUGGCACAUCCAUGGGGUCUCUCUCUGUUUGGUCUCAGCAUACUUGACUUCCAGCAUAGGCCUGAAAGGGGUUAACCUGCAGAAGCUGGCCAUUCUCGGGAGUUUCAUCAAAAGUCUGGACAUCCCGUGGGCCAUCUUCGCUGAUUGGAACGUUCCUCCUUCUACUCUCAUGCAGUCGGGCUGGCCCACGAUGCUGGGGGGCGUCUCCGUCGUUCCCACGGACGUGGGCUACACUUGCACUAUUGGGUCAGGCGCAAUGUUGGACUAUGGCAUUGUCUCUCCCCACGCUCGGCUGCUUAUUUCCAGCUUGACCGCUGACACGUCCGUGGUGGUGGCCCGCAAUUCUGUUGCUGGCAAAGCCCACUUCGGUCUCAAGGACCAGAAGUUCGCAGAGGAGUGCUACCGUGGAGGUUGA